CGCCCCGGACCCGGAACAACAAAGCGCGGAGCCCGGAGGCCGAGCCGCGGGGGCUCCUAGCAACGGGCCGGGCGGGAGUUCCAUGGAGACGGGGGAGCGCGCCCGCCUCAUCAUCAUCCUCGUCCUCCAGCUGAUCCUCCGCGUCCGCCGCCACCGGCAGCAGCGCUGCCGCCGCGUCCUCUGCCGCCGCCCCCUCUUCCCACGGCCCCACGGCCACCCCGUCCCACCCCUUGUACCCAGACGUCAUUGGAGGUUACACAGACAGACACAGAGAACAGAAAAGGUUGAAGGGACUGUGAGUGAGAGACGAGAAUGCAGGUGAGGUCACGCGGACACAGAGGAUGUGAUCCUCGUGGUGGACGCUGAGUCUAAACCACCCCAAUGGACGCAGACAGCGAUGUUGCAUUGGACAUUCUAAUUACAAAUGUCGUCUGUGUCUUCAGAACAAGAUGCCAUUUAAACUUGAGAAAGAUUGCUUUGGAGGGAGCAAAUGUAAUUUAUAAGCGUGAUGUUGGAAAGGUAUUAAUGAAGCUUAGAAAACCUAGAAUUACAGCUACAAUUUGGUCCUCAGGAAAAAUUAUUUGCACUGGAGCAACAAGUGAAGAAGAAGCUAAAUUUGGUGCCAGGCGUUUAGCCCGCAGUCUGCAGAAACUAGGUUUUCAGGUAAUAUUUACAGAUUUUAAGGUUGUUAAUGUUUUGGCGGUGUGUAACAUGCCAUUUGAAAUCCGAUUGCCAGAAUUCACGAAGAACAAUAGACCUCAUGCCAGUUACGAACCUGAACUUCAUCCUGCUGUGUGCUAUCGGAUAAAAUCUCUAAGAGCUACAUUACAGAUUUUUUCAACAGGAAGUAUCACAGUAACAGGGCCGAACGUCAAGGCUGUGGCUACUGCUGUGGAACAAAUUUACCCAUUCGUGUUCGAAAGCAGGAAGGAAAUUUUAUAACUCAUCACUUAAUUGGUUGGAAUCCCUAACUGAGCACCUUUGAAAACCUGCUGCAUAUUGGACUCGAAACAGAAGGAGAACUGGACCAACAGUAAUCGAGGAAACAGACUCUGUUGUUCAUCCCGGCUACAGUGUGAGCUCCAGGCCUGGCGGAUUUCACGUCGGACCUUGCUGUAAUAUAGAGGAAGUUUACAAGAUGUGACGUUGCUGCUUUCUACAAGGACUCUGUUUAUUUCUGCAGUGGUUCUCAUGUCCCCGUAGCAGAGCUGUCACAGUGUGCACUACCUUCAGUUGUUUUGUUGUUGUUGUUAUUUUUUUCCAGUUUGAGCUAAUGUGUUUUAUUUGUGAAUAGUCUUUUACAUUUUUGUAUGCUGAAUAUGGGCACCAAAGAACCUGUAAAAGUUAUCUUUUUCAAUUGAAUGUGCACAAAUAAAAGUUUGGAAAAGA